AUGUUCGGACAGCUGAUUAUCGGACCGCCAGGGUCGGGAAAAUCGACCUACGCCUAUGGAAUGUACCAGUUUCUCAAUGCCAUUGGUCGCAAAGUCUCAGUGAUCAAUAUGGAUCCUGCCAACGACCAUGUCCAGUAUCCGUGCGCUUUGGACAUUCGAGACUUUGUGCAGCUGGAGGAUGUCAUGACGGAACAGAACCUGGGACCCAAUGGAGGCAUCAUGUAUGCUUUGGAGGAGGUGGAGACGGAUGUGGACGGGUUUGUUAACAAGAUCAAGGAGCUGGGAGACAAUGAGUACCUGCUGUUCGACUGUCCCGGCCAGGUGGAGCUGUUUACACAUCAUGGCGCGCUGCAGAGGAUAUUCAAGCGGCUGGAAAAGCAGGAGAAGGCGCGUCUCUGCGUGGUCAACCUCGUCGAUUCGCAUUACAUCACCAAACCAUCUCUUUACGUGUCAGUCUUGUUGCUCACUCUGCGAUCUAUGCUUCAGCUCGAUCUGCCCCAGGUGAACGUGCUGAGCAAGAUCGACUUGAUCCACCGCUAUGGAACGCUCGACUUCAACCUCGACUAUUACACAGAAGUGCAGGAUUUGCACCACUUGUUCCCUCUGCUGGAAAAGGAGGCAGGAAUGACCAAGUAUGCCAAGCUGACGGAGGCUAUUGCAGAGGUAGUUGAAGACUUCGGUCUGGUAGCCUACGAGGUGCUGGCGGUGGAGGACAAAAAGAGCAUGAUACAGCUGCUCACAACUAUAGAUAAGGCGACAGGCUACUUGUUUGGAAGUACCGAGGUCGGCGGAGACUCGUUCUGGGCGGAAGCAACUCGACAGGGAGGAUAUGUGGGUGGAGUUUCUGAUAUCCAGGAACGGUGGAUCGAUUACAAGGACGAAUACGAUGAGGAAGCGCGAAAGGAGCACGAAGAGAAGCUCAAGGAGGCAGAAGAGGCCACUAGACCUUUGACUGCGGACGAAGAGUGGGAGCAGGCUCUACAGGAUUAUGAAGAGGGUAUGGGAGGUCCUGCUAUUAAGCGGGAGAACAAGUGA